AUGCAAGACUUCUUCGGCUCCAUUCGCCGAUCCAUAGUCUUCUCAUCUCCACCCGCACACGCCGACGAUGGACGCUUCACCGGAUUCGCCAACAAGAUCGGCUCCGCCAUUCGUAAAUCCAGAAUCGGCCUCAAGUCUCCUUCUCCACCUCCUCCGCCGAUUAGGUGGCGGAAGGGUGAGUUGAUUGGUUCCGGUGCUUUUGGUCGAGUUUAUAUGGGUAUGAACCUCGACUCCGGGGAGCUUAUUGCCGUUAAACAGGUUUUGAUCGAGCCUGGUAUUGCUUUCAAGGCGAAUACACAGGCUAAUAUUCGGGAGCUUGAAGAAGAAGUGAAGCUUCUCAAGAAUCUUAAGCAUCCGAAUAUUGUUAGAUACUUGGGAACUGCUAGAGAGGAAGAUUCCUUGAAUAUUCUGCUGGAGUUUGUACCUGGUGGAUCUAUCUCAUCGCUGUUGGGGAAAUUCGGAUCCUUUCCGGAGUCCGUUAUAAAAACGUAUACAAAACAGCUUUUAGAGGGGCUUGAAUACCUUCACAAUAACAGAAUUAUUCACCGGGAUAUUAAGGGUGCAAACAUUCUAGUUGAUAACAAAGGGUGUAUUAAACUCGCAGACUUUGGCGCAUCCAGGAAAGUCGUGGAAUUGGCUACUAUAAAUGGAGCAAAGUCUAUGAAGGGUACCCCACACUGGAUGUCACCUGAAGUUAUUUUACAGACAGGAUAUACAACUUCUGCUGAUAUAUGGAGUGUUGCAUGCACUGUGAUAGAGAUGGCCACAGGAAAGCCUCCAUGGAGUCAACAGUAUCCCCAAGAGGUUUCAGCUCUUUUCUACAUUGGGACAACUAGAUCGCAUCCACCAAUACCUGAACAUCUGUCUGCUGAGGCAAAGGACUUUUUGCUGAAAUGCUUUCACAAGGAACCAGAUUUAAGACCUUCUGCAUCCGACUUGUUACUGCAUCCAUUCAUCACCUGCGAGUAUCAGGAAUCUCAUUCAAUAUCACGCAGUUCAGUCAGGGACUCUUGCAGUCGGAUGACAACAAAUGGGAUGAACUCUAGGAACUUUUUGGAUUCUAUCCAAGGAUCAACAUGUACAGGUCUAAAAGAUGUUUUUCAGAUGGAUAGUUUAAGGUUCUCAAAUGCAAAUCUUCUAAAACCAGGUUCCUACCAGGGAGCAGACAACUAUGAUGAUGACAUGUGUCAGAUGGAUGAUGAUGAUAUUUUGGUUGCAUCACCAGUAAAAGCUAACUCCCUACUUGCUGCUGACGACAUAAAGAGUUUCAAUCCAAUGUGCGAACCUGUGGAGGAUGGCUGGCCUUGCAAAUCUGACGAAACACUAAAUUUAAAGAAAAGCAGACUGAACGUGUCCCCAGAUCAAACUAUUAGGAAAACUACGAGUCCCAAAUCAUCUCCUAAUGCAGAGAAGGAGUUUUCAUUUUCAAGUGAACCUCUUGGAGUAGAAGAUGAGGAUGAAGUAACAGAAUGCAAAAUUAGAGCUUUCCUGGAUGAUAAGGCCUUUGAACUGAAUAAGCUCCAAACACCUCUUUAUGAAGAAUUCUUUGGCAAAUCAAUUGCAGCCAUUCCUCGUGUACCUGUUGCAGUUGCAAAGAGUAAAGUUAUUUCAGAUGUCUCAAAUGUAACAUCAAAAAGCGGGCCUCCUAGUCAAGAUAGACGGCGAUUCUCAAUGGCCAGCAUUGCCAAUGUAACAAGCCCUGAGAGUCAUAGAAAAUAUCUUACGAAACCUGUGACUGCUCGUAGUAAACCUUUGCAGGAAAUUCAGCCUUCUGAGCUUUACGAGUCAAAGGAGACUCUUCAUGAUGCUGAGCUGGGAUCAAGUGUCAGCCCAAGCUUUUCUGAGAGACAAAGGAAAUGGAAAGAAGAACUUGCAGAAGAGCUUGAGCGGACACGAGAGGUUAUGCGUCAAACAGGUGGAGGGAAGAUAACAUCCCCAAAGGAUCGCAGUUUUCUCAGAGACUGA